ACGCAUUAAACGCGAGAGCGCUCUCCUGCGGGGAGGAUUUGGAUACACUUAACGGGAUGCAGGUCAAGGCCGUGCUAGCUCUGGUGCUGCUGGUGCUCCUGGUGCUGGUGGCGUGCGAGGCCAACACCCGCAAGGGCCGCAAGAACCGCCAGCGCAACCGCAACGUGGAGCGUGACGUGUCGCAGAUGGACGAUGUGGCCGGCAGCGAGGAGGCGUGUCACCUGGAGGUCUCCUGCAAGAACCCCAACAGCGGCAUGCCCAUCACCCUGCCCAUCCAGGGGCCCAGGGGCCCACCCGGCAAGCCGGGGGUACCCGGAGAAACAGGGAGAGACGGGGAACCUGGUAUGCCUGGCCCGCCAGGGGAAUCCAGUGGCGCUGCUGCCAAGGUACCCAAGGUGGCAUUCUUUGCCGGGCUCAAAGACAACAAGGGACCGGUCACAGAAAACUCCGAUCUCGUCUUCGACAGCAUCGUGACGAAUGUGGGAGGGGCCUUCAGUGCCGAGACUGGCCGCUUCACCGCCCCCUACAACGGCACCUACUACUUCACCGUCGUUGUCGCUGCGCAGGGGAGGCAACGUGCUGCGGUUGAUCUGGUUGUCAACGAAAAGAUGGUGGCGACCAUCUGGGCGGAGAGCAUCCCUUACUGGGCCUCGGCCACCAACAGCGCCAUCUUGAACCUGAGGGCGGGGGACCAGGCGUGGCUCAUCCUGCUGAGCCGAGCAUCCUACAUCCACGGGUACAUGUACUCCACCUUCUCCGGCCACAUCCUCUUCACGGACUGAACGCAGGAAAAGACAAACACUCACUGGGAACAUGGUUCACAUCACGUUUUAAAUUACUGAGCACGGAGGUGAAACAAGUUUAUGAAGCGGCAAGGAUUUUCAUUUCUUGUUAAAGAUUAGUUUUCAGGAGGCUUGGCCGCAGACAUUUUUUUUUUGAAGUUUAAAAAGAAAAAUGGCGCAGAGUGGCGACAUGCAAAUGUUGGGGUGAAGGUUAUUCUAAAAAAUAGUAUCUGAGGGUUUUGUGUGUGGGUUUACCGCGAUCAAUUAUUCUAAAAAUCAGAUGAGACUGAGAUAUACCGGCAUGACAUUAGUCCUAAACGAACUUAAUAACAUUUUACAAAUGAUUUCUAUCACAAUUUUUGUCACGAAGGGAGGUGAAAUAUCAAAAUUCUUUUUGUGAAGAUUAGCGAGACAAUCACUUUAUAUUAAACAUGAUAACACGUUGAAACAGAAGUAUGAAUUUUCCGGUGACCGGUCAGUUCUGUCACAGGCUGGGCAAUAAAUACUAGAGGAUGUCACAACAAUUUUGUCAACAAAAUGCAAGUAAUAUCCUCAUGGAUUUCUUUUCAUGUCUUGUUAGGUUGUAAAUUGAUACUGUAUUAUUUUUUUUUAAUUUAUUAGAUUUGCAAUAUUUAGAUAUCACCAUUAAUUUGUGUUAAAAACACCAGAGCUCAGCAGCACAGAACUGUGAACUGAAAUAUGUAUUAUGCUCUGGUAUACGACGAAGAAAAAGAAAAAAAUUAAUAAUCUCGACAACAGCUGUACGAGUCUGAAGCAGUUUGUUGUGAUGUUAGCUCCUAAAAUAUUAGAAACGAUAAUCUUUCAACAAUUAUAAAUGGUCGUCACUGCGACCGCAUAUAACUUACGAAUGUUACUAUUGGACGAGCGUUUUAACCAAUCGGUGUGAAUGUUACUUAAUACUGGGAAGUGGGAACAUUAGUGACUAAGGUACGGUGCGUUCAGUGUCCUUUGCAUACAGAAUUUAUUAGAAAAAAACUAUUUAUUACUGUUGAGGUCUGAAGGAGAGAGUUGCUGGAUGCUUACACUCGUGAUGUUAGAAAGGUAGAAUUUUGAUCAGUUAAAUCAUUCCCGUCCGAUUCGCAAUUCUGUGUCGGUUCUCGGUGUCUUUUGAUGUUGUGAUUUCACACUUGUCACUUCGAUUCACACUUGUUUCCGCCAAGUAUCAUUACAUGUCGUUGUAGUUACGCGACACUGGGUGUCGUCUGGGGACUGUUAUAGCAAUUGCAGACACAAUUUUGAAUUUUGAGGACUAUUCAUUGGAUGGACGGACGAACGAAGACUGCAGUAGACAUAAAACGCAUAAAAUGACUGGGAUUGCUUCUUUUCAGAGUUGUUUACCUGGCGGACUGUAUCUAUGUGUUAGGCGUCGAGCUGUUCUGUGCUGAAUAGGCAUCCUUAACACUGGCAUAGCAAUCAGCAUGUGCAAUUGUUUACUUUAAUUAUGAAAAUACAACGCAGUGUACAGGUGCAUGCUCUGUAGCUGUGAACAGACUGUGGUCUGUUCUUCUAGACAUUAGAAGUUCAAAACCAUCCGAAACAUCCUGGUUCAAUAUCGUUCUUCCACGUGUCUUCUCUUUGACCCUCCCCCCGACUCCUUCUUGCUUUCUUUCCUUCCUUUUCUUGGUCAUAAAAAUACACACGAACAUUCCAGUUUAGUGUAAAUGUCCUUUUUUGUAAAGAAACAUGAUCUGCAAAUCGAUGUUUAUAUUGUAAAUAUUAUAUUGGAAUUCUUCUAAUGUCAUAACCAACAUUGACAUGAAAGGGAUCAGAUUCCCCGUUUAACUUCUCUCUGACAUUGUUGUGAUAGAGAAGAAACAUGGAAGAACUUCACACUCACAUCUUUUAUUUCUUCUACAUUCACCCUCAGCUCAACUCUGGUAUUAUGUCACAGAGCGAUGUACAGAACUGAAUUUUGUACAGAAGGAGAAAAAGGAAGAAGUUAAUGUUGAUGGCGAUUAUUAUUAUUAUUAUUAUUAUUAUUAUUAUUAUUAUUAUUAUUAUUAUUAUUAUUAUUAUUAUUAUUAUUAUUAUUAUUAUUGCUGCCUCGAGAAUCCGUCCUGGGAGUGAGUAAAGAGAAUGUUGGCAACAGCUCUUCAAGUAUCAGACACAACCAAAGCAUUCAGAACAGAAAGAAAAGCCAUUGACAUAAUUUAUUUCCUAGAUGUAUUCACUCGAUGAUCAAGCAAGAUGUCUGCAAGAUUAUUUCAGCUACUGAAACAGCUUUCGGUGUCCAUUUUACAAAGAGGAAGAUGGUCACUCACCCUCCCUCUAGGUUUCACACCGACUUGACGAGCGAAAUAAAGAAAGUUUACGUUAGUCGCGGCGCUGCUGCUGUUGUAUGUUGUUUAUGUGACCUUUGCUGUGACCUUUCAAACACAUUUUUUUCCCCAGCUAUCCUAGAGACUACAUUCAAGAUUUCUGUUAUAGUAUUGUUUGAUGCCAAAUGUAGUAUGAGGAGUGUUGAGAACUAAAAUUAAAAGCAGUGUGUAGAGUGGA